AUGACGACGUACUUCUGGGCAGCGUUAUGCUGCGCUGGUGCUGUGGCGCUGAAUUUCGGUGUCAUUUGUGUGAGUUUAGGCCCUUCAAAGGAUUUUGCUUACGAAAAUAUGGGAAUUAAGGAUGGUGAUGAGCACGAGUUUAAAAGACGUCUAAUUGAUGGUUCUGUAUUCCUUGGCUGUGCCAUUGGAUCGGCUUGUAUUGGAUUGCUUGCCCACUUAGGCCGGAGAAAUUGUAUGAUAUUUAUCCAUAUAAUGAGCGUUAUAGGCUGCCUUGUCGCUGCCAUAGGUUACACAUGGUGGUUAUUCAUGCUGGCACGUUUGGUAGCUGGCGUUUCGGUUGGUAUGUCCGGAGUGGCGGCUAUGUAUCUCAGUGAAAUCUGCCCUCGUAGCAAGCGUGGAGUUUACGGAGCACUCUACAGUGUUUUUGUCACGUUCGGCGAAUGCAUGAUCAGUAUGUGGCAAUUAAGUCAUGGUGAAAGCUUAACUGACGUCGCAAAGUGUAAAUGUUGUAGGGAAAAAGAAAACAAUGCUGUCGACAGUGUUAUCUGGCGUAUGGGCCAGAUUUAUGGUGCAAUAUUCAGCUUAAUCGCGCUCUACCUUCUCCAUGAUGUUGUCUUGGAGGACAGUCCUUUCAUUCUCGUGAAACGGGGUUUAACAUAUGAAGCUAAGCGCGCUAUAGGGUUGUUGCAAGGCACUAGUCGCAUAAAUGAGGGGUAUCGAGAAAUUAUGGACGAUAUUUCUGCCCAAAACACAGGGACGGACAGGAUUACUUUACUGGAAGCGUUGAAACUUCCUGAUUCGCGCUAUGCAAUUCUAGUCACGUUUGGUAUUGCUAUGCUACGACAGUUGUGUGGUAUUUAUGUUUUUACGCUUAGUGCCUCUGAACUUUUUGGUGAGAUCGUGGGAAAGGGGUUACUGGCUGCUGCCUUGGGUUCCUUGUGUCCUGUGGUGAACUUUUUGGUAUGUUGUUUUUUGCCACUUUACAUCGACAAAUUCGGUAGACGCACCCUUUUAGUAUAUGGCAGUGGUAUAGGCACUGCUGUCCUUGCUGUCGCCAUGGUGAUACAGACCGCUUGUGGAAACGGCACGCAGAGCGGUAGUGACGGAGGAAACAAGUGUAAAUGCUGUUGUUGUAAUGGUUGCCAAGGAGAAUGCUGUGAAGAGGCUGAUUGCUGUUGUUGUAAAAAAGACAAAAAGUGUUGUUGUAAAGAGGAUACGGGUUGCACUAGCGGUGCAGGCAAAUGCUGCUGUGCUAAAAAUGGCGUAACUCACAGUUGUUGUUCCCAGAAGUGUGCAAACCUAGGUAAUGUAAAUGGGGCUUGGCACAAAUAUUUUAUGAUUGUGUCAUGUCUCAUUUUCGUGGCAUGUUUUUCAACAGGUUACGGUGGUGUGUCGUGGAUGUACUUUUCGGAAGCACUGGCUCCAGAGUACAGAGAUGCCGCUUAUGCAGGAGCCAGUGUAAUUAACUGGUUGACAGCUGCAUUCGUUGUGUCGACUGCGAAACCACUGCUGACUAGUUUGGGCAAGGAUGUAUACUGGGUGUAUGUCGUUUGUUCAGGCAUAUCAUGCCUAUUUGCCGUAUUGUUUGUGAAGGAAACCGCUGGAGUUCCGUUAGGCCAAGCAUAUGUAGGCGCUACAACGCCUGAAAUCUUCAAUAAAAUUGGCCGAUUUUUUGGUUUUUCUCCCAAGGAUAAAGUAUCUGAUGCCGCCCAGUUAAUUGACAAUAUGAGGGCGAUGAAGUCGUACUUUGUCUGUUCGUUGGUUCUUGCCGCCAUUGUGGCGUACAAUUUUGGCCUCAACACGGUGAGUUUUAGUGUUUCCAAAGAAUUUGCCAUUGUUGAUAUGGGAUGGUGUAAAGGUGAAGCGAAGGCCUAUGAGUGUCCGUUGGCUAUUACGUAUAGUUCCUUGAUUGCUGGUGGCACUUUCGUAGGUGGAGCUAUUGGUUCGCUGUGUAUUGGGUUUUUUGCAAGAUUCGGACGUAGGAAGGGUAUGAUUCUUAUCCAUCUCAUUAAUAUUUUGGGAUCUUUGAUGGCAACUGCUUCAACAUGUUUCACUAUGUUCCUUGUUGGUCGUAUCAUAGCUGGUGUUUCUGUCGGAGCUUCGGGAUUGGUAGCUAUGUUUUUAACUGAGAUUUGUACUAGUGAGACUCGUGGUGCCUAUGGUACUAUUUACCCGAUGUUCAUUGCGUUAGGCCAGUUGUUAAUGGUUGCAUGGCAACUUCUACACGGUCGUGUUUUGGAUGCUGCUGUUACUGGAACUGCUGAUAAGAUUGCCCCUAGUACUGGCACAGAUUUAAUCACAUCUUACGAUAGUUUUGUAUGGAGAGCAGCCCAGUUCUGGCCCAUAGUUUUUAGUGUGAUUGCUUUGGCUAUUAUGUACUUCGUUGUGAAGGAUGACACUCCUUAUGUGCUUAUGCAGGAAGGUAAAGAAGAGGACGCUAAGCGUGUGAUUGUGUUGUUACACGGUGAAGAGAAGGCCGAGGAGAUUUUUGCUGAGAUUAAGAGCGAUGUAGAAGCCCAGAAGGACAACACUGAGAAAUUGAGUCUUAUGGAUGCUCUUAAGGUACCUAAAUACCGGUCAGCUAUAUUGAUUGUUUGUGGUUUGUCGAUUAUGCAACAACUGUCUGGUAUUAACAUCUUCGUUGCGAAUGCAUCCAAGCUUUUCGUUACUAUAAUGGGCCGAACCUUCACUGCUAGUGUGAUGGGUUUGGUGGGAAUUUUGUUACUGGUUAUUACGACAACUAUUUUAGCGUUUAUUAUUGACAAGUUGGGUCGUAAGAUGAUGUUAUUGGUGGGUAUUGGUGUAUCUUCCAUUUUACUGGUUCCCGCUGUGAUUGUUAAGAUAGCUGUUAAAGCUGAUUGGGCGAACUAUGUGCUUGUUGUGGGUUGUUUCGGUUACAUGAUCGGUUUUGGUUUAGGUUUUGGUGGUGUUAUGUGGCUUUACUUCGCUGAAGCUUUGGGCACGGAGUACAAGGACGCUGCUUUUGGUGUAGCUACAUGUCUAAACUGGACGUUCGCUGCGAUUACAGUCAUGACUUCUGACGUUCUCCUUAACUGGAACGACAAAGUGACGUAUUCCCUUUACGCUGGUAUGGGUGCUUUGGGUUUCGUGUAUGUCUACCUGUUCCUGAAAGAGACUAAAGGCAUUCCUCUUGGUCAGGCCUUCGCAUAA